AUGGAAGAUAUUUUAGAUAACUUGUCUUUUACUGGACAUUCUGUCUUAUACAACUUAACCGACGACUGGAUACCCGAUGGAAGGGAAACUAUUGAGUUUAUCAUACGAUAUGUCAUACCGACUGUGUAUAUUCUGAUUAUAACGAUUGGAUUGUUGGGGAACAUUACAUUAGUUAAGAUUUUCAUAACUAACAGUGCAAUGAGGAGUGUGCCAAACAUAUUUAUUUCGAGUUUGGCUGCUGGGGAUCUGUUGCUUUUGGUUACUUGUGUUCCAGUGGAUGCGUUCAGAUACUUCUUUGAAGAGUGGAUCUUCGGUAUUGCGGCAUGUAAACUUGUACCGGUCAUUCAACUCACUUCAGUCGGUGUCUCGGUGUUUACUCUCACGGCUCUUAGCGCUGACAGGUACAAAGCCAUAGUGAAUCCUAUGGACAUCCAGACAUCCAGUGCUGUAUUCUGGACGUGUCUUAAAGCCGUGUCCAUCUGGAUGAUCUCUGUCUUGCUUGCUGUGCCUGAAGCCAUCUUCUCCCAGGUAGUCCACAUCCAGGACAAGAACGUGACCUUCACUGCCUGUGUGCCCUAUCCCCUUUCCAAUGAGAUGCAUCCCAAGAUCCACUCUGUCCUGAUAUUUCUGGUGUACUUCCUGAUUCCCUUGGGCAUAAUCUCUGUGUACUAUUACCACAUUGCCAGGACACUAGUCAAGAGUGCCCAUGACAUGCCUGGGGAGAUCAGUGAGCACACUAAGAGACAGAUGGAGACAAGAAAACGUCUGGCUAAAAUUGUCCUGGUUUUUGUGGGCCUCUUCGCUCUCUGCUGGUUCCCCAAUCACAUCUUGUACAUGUACCGCUCCUUCAACUAUCGUCAGAUCGACUCGUCCUUGUCCCACCUCAUCCUUACCCUGCUAGCCCGAGUGCUAAGUUUCUCCAGCUCGUGUGUCAAUCCGUUUGCCCUCUACAUGCUUAGCGAGAGCUUCCGCCGGCAUUUCAACGGCUCCCUACAAUGCAGGAGGAAGCCCCGCCACGAACGCAGCCCCAGCCAGCCACAGAGCACCUCAGCCAUAAGGAUGACUUCCAUCAAGAAGACGACCCCUACUGUCAUCAAUGGACCAGGAAGCAGACAGGAGGUAUCUCUGUAGGCUUCAGACAUCACUCAGGGAAUUUACAAGUGGUGAGUGUAGCACAACCGAAAAUAUCCUAAGUUUUGAAAAAGGGCAUGCAUGUGUGCUCAGUGUAAAGAGAUUUUUUUUGUUUUUUAUUAAACACAUUCCACAUUGUUACCUAUUGCUGCUGAUGAGAUGAUUACCUAUGAACUGAAUGUAUUGAAUGGAACGUGUUGUCAGAAGGUCUGUUGUAUACAGCAUACCGUUAUCCACAAGGAGCAGGCCCUUGCUUCCACAACAGGAAAUCAGUUCUUGCUAAAUGCAUUAUAUUGACUCCCCAUGGGGGCACAGGAAUGAAGAGUAAAAUCGUAACACUUUCAGUAUUUUGUUCCCUUAAACAUAUGUUCAAAAGCAGAGAAUGGGGACCACCAGUGAAUUAAUUAACACCAUAUGAAUUUGAUAUCACUAUUUUAUUCCUAUUUUCGGUACAAUGUUUGAAAGUUUAUCUUCAGAUGCUGAAUGUGACACAACUGUUGGCUAUUUGUUGAGUAAAACGUGUCCCAAUAUGUUAAAAUGCUACAACAGUGCUGUAAAAAGUAAAUAUGAUAUAGUUACCUUCAAAACAUCCAUAAUUCCAUGUAAAGCAGAUCUUCAUUGAACAUGUGAAGGUUUAAUCUCUAACAAAUUAAAGUGUGCUUUUGUUACAUAAUCAAUUAAGCUUAAUCAAUUCAAAUUAAAUAUACUUAUCAAUCAGGAGAUCAUUAUAACUGUAUUAAGCCCAGUAACAUGUUAAUCAUUUCCUUCCUCAAUCAAUACUCUUUGUCUUUUUCCUAUCAAUCUAGAAACACACUUUUCAUUUAAAACCUUUCCAAAACAAUGGCAAUCGGUUUAUAAACAAUUAUGUCUUAAAAGUUGAAGCUUCAAACGUAGGUCUUACAGAUUAACAUGGAAAUUAUGGUUAUAAUCAGCAACAUGCAAUUCAUCAGGUUCUGUGAAAUUGUAUUUACUGAAUUAGAGAAUAUUCUGUUUUUUGUCAUUCUUUUAGGCUAAGAUAAAAUGUAUAUAUUUUUCAGACUUAUAUUUUAUAUGUGAUAUAAUUCUAAUGAUCCAGAUUCCACAGCAUCAAGACGCAUUCCAAAAUGCAGAGUUUCAGUAAACAGUCCUAAAACUUGUUGUGUUACUACACCUUGCCAUCUACUGGACAGGUUGUGUUACUACACCUUGCCAUCUAAUGGACAGGUUGUGUUACUACACUUUGCCAUGUACUGGACAGGUUGUGUUACUAUACCUUUCCAUCUACUGGACAGGUUGUGUUACUAAACCUUUCCAUCAACUGGACAGGUUGUGUGGUACUACACCUUGCCAGGUACUGGACAGGUUGUGUUACUAAACCUUUCCAUCAACUGGACAGGUUGUGUGGUACUACACCUUGCCAGGUACUGGACAGGUUGUGUUACUAAACCUUGCCAGGUACUGGACAAGGUUGUGAGGUAUUCUCACACUGUAAAAUAAAUAUGACUCUUCUUAACAGGAUACUUCUCAAUAAAACAAUGACAUGCUUAUACUGCAGUUAAUAGAUUGUGUGUAACUAACCCUCAAAAGUAUUUUCCCUUAAUUUUUAAACUGUACUAAACUAAAAAAUGUGAUUGUCCACAGUGUUCUUUAGACAGAUCCAUUAGCAAUUAAAUAUGUAUUUGGAAGUUUCUAUCCUCAACACUGAUGGAGCUAUGUACAACAAAACUGAUUAUGUGAGAUGUAUGUGCAAAUUAAUGUUUUUUAAAAUCUACAUACAUUUCUUACAUUGCUAUUUUUUGAUUGCAUAGCAUUUCCCCUCUAUAUUGUCAA